AUGAAAGGAAUUAUCGUUAUCCUUUACCUCAUUCUGGCACACCUCUGUUUUGGCUUUAAGAAAUUUACGCCCAAUCAGGCUCUGAAUAUUGUAUCUAGAAGGGGGAGCCCAAAUAUGAGGUCUUCACAAAAACUGCAUGAGUCUAAGAGCAUAGAUCUGGCCAAUGACCUGAAGGAAAAUGACGUGAUUCCGAACGUCAAAGUUAUGAUCGAUGUGAAAAACAUGAAUGGCACGGAUCACCCAGGGGAGGAGAAUGACUUCAAAGCCAUUGACACGCACGAGCUGUUUAAGAACAAAAAAAUACUAUUGAUAAGCCUGCCGGGAGCUUUCACCCCCACAUGCACAUCCAAAAUGAUACCGCAGUAUGAAGCCGAAUAUGAUUUCUUCAUUAAGGAAAACAAAUUUGACGACAUUUACUGCAUAACGAACAAUGACAUUUUUGUGUUAAAAAGUUGGUUUAAGGAUAUGAAAAUAAAAAAGGUGAAAUAUGUUAGUGAUGGGAAUAGCUCCUUUACCGAGAGUAUGAAUAUGCUUGUGGAUAAGUCCAACUUUUUUAUGGGCAUGAGACCUUGGAGAUUUGUUGCUAUAGUGGAAAAUAACAUCCUAAUAAAAAUGUUUCAAGAAAAAGAUAAGCAACAUAAUAUACAGACAGACCCGUAUGAAGUUUCGUCCAUUGCGGUGGUUAAGGAGUUCCUUCAACAGAAUCAGCUUUGA